AUGUCCGGUCUCCCCAUCGCCACCUCGAGCUCAGGCUCGAAGCCCGUUUCCUUCUUCCCAUCCGCCACCUGUACCCCCAACUCAUUCGCCCUCUUCGGCCAAUCCCCUCGCGACAGAUUCGAUAUGCCCCCAUACGCCACCCGCCAAUACUUCGAGGCCAGCGUUCGAAACCCCGAAGCUAGUCGAGAGACUCAUGGUCUUUCCAGCUCGUCAAUAACCCACAUGCCUAUCGUUUUUGCCACCCGUACUUUCGACGAGAUUUACACCAUGAUCGUACUUUAUGCCCACCAAUUCUAUGCCUUAUGCGGUCCUGGCCAUAAUAUGCACAUCGACCCCGAACAGUUGAAGGACAUUUUCUUAGAGGCCGAGGCUUAG